AUGAACUCGAAGGGUCGGAACGCUGGCGUCGCCGGCCAGUUGAGGAGAAUACCGACGCCCGUUACCCUUCUCGUUGGCAUUCUCUUUGGACUUAUCGUUUCCCGUUUGCUUCCGUCUUCGUCAAGCACAACUUGGAGGGGUCACAAUGUUGUCGCGAAAUCCCGCCAGCAAAGCCGUCAGCCCAUCCAGCUGCCGACCCUCGAGCAGCGCCAGCGGAUACUCCACCUACUCUCUACGCUUUCCCCGCAUUACACGAAGGAAUGCACACGCAGUACUCAGCCCCUUUAUGAACGUCAAGCUCGAGACCGGUAUGCGCCACUCAUUGGACACCAGUCUCCCUCGCGAAGCUCUUGGCUAGGUGGACUUGGGAUGGGAGGCAGUGUUGAGCCCGACUAUGAGGAAUACACCCGGACCCGAGAUAGAGACGGCGCAGAGCACAAAUACUUCUUCGCCAUAAACCUUUACAACUCGUUCGACGUUAUCCCCGACCUCUUUGCUACCCUAUUUCGCGUCGGAAGCAUCCUUGGCUACCACAACGUCUACGUGUCAAUCUACGAAAAUGGCUCGACAGAUCAAACCAAGGCUCUUCUCCGCAUUUUCGACGCUUUGACGAGGAGUGUGGGAAUGCGAAUAACCAUUCGUACAUCCAGCCGGACUCGAGGCGCGUUCAACCACCGAAUCGAAUAUCUCGCCGAAGUCCGGAAUGCUGCCUUUGUCCCCCUCCAUGAACUGCGCGACACAGAAAACGAGUUUUUCGACACAAUUGUCUUCAUGAAUGACAUCCUUCCCUGUGUUGACGACCUUCUCGAGCUCAUCUGGCAGUCAAGAAAGAACAACGCAGGCAUCACCUGUGCCGCCGACUACAUGUACCAUGAAGAAAUCGGCGCCCCCGUUUUCUACGAUAACUGGGUGGCUAGAGACAUUAACGGUACAGCUCUCGAGAACGCUCCCUUCGAAUCCAUCUUCCAUCAUCCACCUUCAAAUGAUCGCUUCCAAAAACACCUUCCAAUCCAAGUUCAGAGCUGUUGGAAUGGUAUUGCGAUCCUGGACCCAGAGCCAUUCUACCUUCCGCCCCACGUUCGCUUCCGGAUGGCCCGCAUAACGGAGAACGAGUGCAGUGCUAGCGAGUGCUCGCUCAUCUGCAACGACUACUGGGAGGCUGGCUAUGGUCGUAUAAUGAUGGUUCCACGUGUAAAAUUGGCCUACGACCACCGAGUCUUUGACAUCAUCCAUCCGUCACGGCGAAAUUUGACGGCGAUUCGGGGCUAUGUCCGAAUGGGCGGCCUUCCCGAUGAUCCACGAACGGAUCCACAAGAUCGCUCGUGGUUUGGCCCUCAUGACAGGCUGUUUACGGAGGAGGAGACAGAGCCACUGGAUUUCAAAUCAGGACCUUCUCAUGUUUGGUGUUGGGGAUGGGACGGUGCGGGCGAUUUGGAAGGGCCAGAUGUUGACCCGAUCUGGGAGCGGAUGCCAAACAAAUCGACCAUCACAGACGCGGUGCUUGUCAAGCACGUCCGGAGUUUACCGUCUUGA